AUGGCAACAAUCCCUCUAGGAUUAGGACUCGCCACCGCCAGUCACCUCUACCUCUGUCACAGGAACCUCCUCCAAUCAGAACAAGAACGACAGCACCAUGCGGAGCUAUCAGAACGCUGUGAACUCGACUUGCUGCUCCAUUCUCUUUCAGGAAAAGCCCUCUUCUCAGAACUCAUCGAUCUUCUCGAUUCGACCCUCCACUCUCAUUCUGACAGUGACGGCAACAAAGGCAAUGAUGACGAUUUUGGGAGCAUGAGCUGCGCUGGCUUCAAGAAGAAGAAGAAGAGUAGUCGUCCUGGUCACCGUCAUCGACGCUACCACUUACAACAGGAGCAGGAAGAGCGGGAACAGCAGGAGCAGAUGGCGCCAAGGUCAUGGCCAUUGCUGCUGUCGUCAUCGACGGUUAAGAUCGCAGAAGGAACAGGAGCAACUAGUGGCGAAAGAGACGCUAAUACCAUUAACAUCGACAAGCAGCUACAACAACCACAACUGCAACCACAACAACAACAAAACACAUCGCCUGAUCUUAGUUCCAGAGACAGGAUCUCAAGGAAUGCAGCUGCUGCUGUUGCUUCGUCUCAAUGCCAACCACCAUCAUCACUGUUACCGCGUGUCGCCAGCUUCGUCUCGCACAGGAACGCAGUGUCAAGGAAACCACGGACCGAAUACGCGCUCGACAGCCAGCCUUCUGGACCCUAA